AUGGAAGCGCAAGAAAAAACAAGAGGAGCCAGUCGAGAACGUAAGAGUCGAACCAAAAAAUUGGCCGGAACUGUAAACUGGGGUACAACAACUAUGGUUGGAGUAUUUGCUGGCAUGUUAUAUGGAGGUAGCAAAGAGGCUUCUACAUCUGUUUUGAAUGAUUCAUUGAAUAUUUCAACGAAAAAUCAUGCUGGUACGCGUGCACAACAUCUACAAGUUGGUGGGUUAACUGAUUUAGCACGGGAAUUCACGGGCAUCAACAAACUUUCUAUUAAUGCAUUUAUUCCCCAUAAAUCACCAUGGUACCACCAACCAGAGCUUGUCAGCAUCACUUGUUGA